AUCAAAUCUUUAAAAAAGAAAAACACUCUUCACUGAGCUCAAAGAGGAUAAACUACUUGCUAUACAUGGAUAUCUCGAAGUUAUUUCAUAACCACAGAUGCUUCCCAUUUCGCAGAAACAGGGCACCUGAAGAUGUGCUGAAGAACACAGCUAAGGCUGUUAUUGUUCCAUUAAGAGAUGGCUUCUCCUCCCUGAACAGAGUCUAUGAGGGUCUCAUGGGAGAUGUAGAUCCUGUUACUGGUCAAAGCUUUAACUAUGACUACAUCAGAGAGCAGAUAGUGCAGGCUCAUCAACACCUGCAGAUGUCUGAACAGGUGGUUAGUUCAGGGUUAGAGAGUCUGGAUGAAAGCUUAGAGAGACUUGUACAAAAUGAGGGAAAACUGGAACAAAAGAUGAAAACUACACAAGAAACCUUAGAGAGCUUGAGGUUAAAGCAAGAAUCUAAAGAAAAAUUACUUAUCGAUUCUCAGGGAGCUCUGGCAUUGGCCAGGGAAAAUCUGAAUUCAUCGAAACAGACACUUGAGGAACAAGAAGCCAGGAAAUACAAUGCUGAAGUCAUCACAGGUGUUGGGGCGGGGCUGAUGCUUAUACCAGUAAUUGGAUGGAUUGCAGGUCCUGCCAUGAUGAUUGGUGGCGCAAUUGAACUAAGUCAUGCAAAACAGGCUGUCGAGGAGGCUGAAGAGGAGAAUGAUGAGAAGCUGAAGCAGACACGUGAAAGAAUCCAGAAGGUAAAGCAGCAGAUCGGGGAUGUUGGUGAUUUCCAGAUGAAAGUGAGAAGUGCCGUCCGCCUUCUUAGUGUCCUGAGUGGGAGAGCGAGCGUGGCUGAACAUCAAACUCGCAGAUUCAUCAUCCAGGAGCCUGUGCUGAAGGUGAUGGAGGAUGUGAUGAAGGCCACAAACGAAAUCACAGGAAAUGACCUUCUGUACAACAAAGACAUGUCAAGACUGAUCAGUCAAAUGAGUGAGAACAACCAACGUCUUGCAGCUAUCUGUGACUCAGAGGAACAACCUGAGGAACAGAUAAUGACAAACAUUUAUUCUUGAUUACAUGCAUUAGUGGUAAACAAAAAAUAUAAAAUUCGAUUUCUACUAGGUGCUCAAAUGUCAUGGUUUCUACUCUGUCCCAUUGCACCUGAAAUAUAAUUACAGCAAUAAUUUUGGUCAGAAAAGUAAAAAAAAAAAAAAAAACUCUAAAUUAUGUUUAUUUUUCUUAUAUACACUGAAAAAUAUCCAGCCUGAUCUACUUAAAAAAAUUAAGGUAACUUUUUGCAUCAGAUUAUUAUGUAGUUCAAACAAGACUAUUCUUUGUAUUUACUACUUACAUUUCUUUAUGUCAAAUUUUUUUUUUGAUAGUAAAGUCUACUUAUUUUUUUCUAGUUAAGUCUAUUUA